AUGUCGCGUGCUCAGGCUUCCCUAUUGGGCUUCAUCACGGCUGCCACCCACCCGCCGCUCCCACCGCGUGAAGAACGAGAAGCGCUAUUUGCGAAAUGCUUCGCGCGCGUCAGCCAUAGCGAAAUGGCUUCCGGCUGGUUCUUCUCUUCCGCACCCGAUGGCAUCAAGCGUGAAAACAUGAUCGAAUGGCUGCUCUGGGCGUUGUUCGGCACUCACCGCGAGGGCCUCCAAGACGAAUGGGCGGAAGAAAUCCAAGGCUAUCUGCAGAAGAUGGAGAGCCUGCUCGGGCGCAAGAUCGAGGAGGGCUGGGACCAAACUUUGCGCUGCAUGAAGGUCUCGCUUGACCCGGUCGACGCCGUCCACAGACCUCUCGUGUGGUAUUUCAUCGUCGCCACUGUAGAUACGAUCACCGCCAUACAGAUAAGGCGUGCUGGCUUUCGUCAUUAUACCUCCGGCCACUGCACGUCCUGCUUCCCUCCCCGCGCGUUCACCGCAUUCUCCAACAAGGCGCCUCACCCGGAUCUUGUCUAUUGGCUGCGACCGCAUCGGUCUACGACGAAGGAUCCUAUUCUAUUCCUGCAUGGGAUUGGGAUCGGUCUCUGGCCAUACGUCCCGUUCUUCACCGACCUCGUCGCAGCAGACCCCGACGUCGGCAUCAUCGCCAUCGAGAACCUGUCGAUCAGCAUGCGCAUUUCCCCUCCUCCGCUCUCACGCGAGGCCAUGCUCGAGGCGCUCACCGAGCUGCUCGACGCCCACGGCUUCGAGCGCGUCGUCGUCGCCGCGCACUCGUACGGGACGGUCGUCGCGGCACACGUGAUGCGCGACCCCGCGCUCUGCGCACGCGUCUCCGCGUGGCUGUUCAUCGACCCGAUCCCGUUCCUGCUGCACCUGCCCGCGGUCGCGUACAACUUCGUGUACCGCGCGCCGCGCCGCGCGAACGAGUGGCAGCUGUGGUACUUUGCGAGCCGCGACCCGGACGUCGCGCGCGCGCUCGCGCGGCACUUCUUCUGGGCGGAGAACGUGCUGUGGAGGGAGGACUUGGUGGGGAGGGACGUCGCGGUCGUGCUGAGCGGGAAGGACCAGAUCGUGGACGCGGCGGAGGUGCGGCGGUACUUGACGGGCGAGGAGGACGCGGAGAUCGAGUUCGCGUGGCGCAAGGACGGGCUGGAGGUGCUUUACUACCCGGAGCUGGAUCACUCGAAGGUGUUUGAUACCAAGGAGCUUCGCCGGCCGCUCGUAGACAUCGUGCAGGGAUUCGGGCGACGGUCGGACUAA